CUUUCUUCUUCUUCUUCUGAUCAGCGUUCAAAGAAUCGAAAGCGUACAUCACAGCCCUUUUUACUGGGUAGUUCCUUGCGAUGCAUGCAGGCUCACCUCUCAGCGGGCUGCAAGGCCAUAGAGCACGUCUCUGUUCAGUGAUCCCCUUAAGACACCAUUGCAUAUCAUCUUCACACCACCAGCCUUUUAAGUUGACAUAUGCAAAGCCACAAGCGCGCAAUGCCCGGGAUCAGAGACCUGCCGGCAGGUUUGUGGUCAAGGCAGAGGCAUCGGCAGGGAGCAGUAUUGCAGCGCCCCAAGCGAACACUAGCACGUCAAAGGAUUGGGAAACAUUCCAGAAGAAUGCAUCAGGCGAGUGGGAAGGAAUUACUGCAACCUUCAACGCUCAGGGUGAAGCACUGGAACUGCCAGAGCGCUUUGUGCCCUCAGCCUACAGGGAGUGGGAGGUGCACCUGUUCGACUGGCAGUCGCUGUGCAGCAUGCAAGUGCUCGGGGAGGAGGGUCUGCAGUACAGCCUCAAACGCAUGAUGCCCACCGUUGGGUGCGAGGCGGACGCAGUGGCGUUCACAGAGGAGGCGCAGAGGGGACUGAGCGCAGCAGAAGUCUCCAGAUCUGGCAGUACAGACUGGCCAGCUGGCUUGCCAUGGACCGCAGACGGCAGCUAUGCGCUCGUACCGCACGAAAUUACAGCGGAAGAGUCAAAUGUGCGGCUGGAGACUUGCCUCGUGCGGCCCAGGACCGGGCCGCUGGAUGCUCAGCAGCGCACGAGGCUUGUGCACCACCUGAGGCGGCAGGCUGAGACCGGGGAAUGGCAGAUUGACAGUGUCGAGGUGCACCACGAGCGCUUCCUAGCGCCGUACAACGGCGGCGCUGAGCUGGCGGGCUGCGGCGGGGGGAUGUCGGCGUUCGCACAGAAGCGCCCGGAUUCCGAGAAGCUGGCGGAAGCUGCGCGGCGCGCCGGGGACGGCUGCGGUGCUGUUCAGCUUGUGAGAGAGCAGAGCGGCGGGUUUGCGCGGAAGAGCGGCAACUUUUCCAUAGAAAGGUUGCUGUCAGCUGCAAGUGAGGAAGGGCUGGUGCUGGCCAGCAGUGUGGUGACAUCUGUUAACAGCCCAGAUUCAAAUUCGAUUUCAAAUGGCGCACCAGGGUUGACGCUUACCAUAGCAGUGCUGCAUGAGCGUCGCGAAGAGAGUAUUGAGUCAGUAAGCGCGGCAGUGGUGUCUUAUCUGGAUGGAAGCCUUCAGGAGGUGUCAUUUGCAAGUCAAUCUCUUUAGCGUUAGCAUAUGAGAGUGCCAUUUAUACCUGUGCGUGGAUUAUUCCAGAACCACGGAAUUUCAACACUGCCACAGAUUUAUUGAUUCGAGGACCCCACUGGGUUCCAGAGACUGGGCCACCCAAUUGAGUUGAUUGACAAAGCUGCUUGCAGGUGCUCAUUCGCCUGUUCCACCGUGAGAAGGAAUAUAUAUGAUGACUCAGACAAUUACACACCUUUCCAAUAGAAAAUGUUCAGAG